AUGACGACGACAGAGACAGUGCGUUUUGAACCUGGCUUCGUGGCGAUUGUCACGGGGGAUUUUCUUUUCAUUCCGCUCGUUUGUUUUAACACAGGUUUCUUUCAGCACGCCCUGCUCGUGGUUCCCGACGUCCACGCGGUGACCGUUACUCCCCAUCGCCCGAUCGGUAUGUCUGGCUUGGAUUUACUGCUGAAGCCCUUUGUGGUCAUGGCGGCUAACUCCUGCAGCAGCGCACCCGCCGGAGCAAAGAUUCGUGUUGAGAACCUUCACUACGACAUUACAGAGAGCGAUCUGGAGUUAGCUGAUGAGUUUUCGUUUCAGGAUCUGUUUAAUCGGAUCGGACCUGUCUCAAAUCUAUCUCUCGUCUAUGACCGGGCUGGACGCUCCGAAGGCGUUGCCUAUGUUACCUACAACCGUGCGAACGAUGCGAGAACGGCGAUAGCAGAAUUCGAUGGCGCAAAUGCCAAAGGACAGCCUAUCCGUUUGACACUAGUCGCCUCUGGCCCCGGAAGACGGGGCCGCAACCCAUUUGAUAAUGUCGAACGGCCCAAGGGAAGUCUUUUCGAUCGCAUCGAGCGGCCUCGCGAUGCCCGAAGCUUAAGCCCUGGAAGUGAGAAUGGUGAUGUGGAAGGCGGAGCACGUCGUCGCCGGGGCCGUCGCUCUGGAGGAGGCGCAGGCCAUCGCCGUAGCGAUGUCUCGAAACCUGCCCCCGAGCACAUUGACCGGUACGUGCCUGGACAGCGAUCACCAGUCAGACGAAGCACCAAUGGCAGACGGCAGGGGGAGCGGCGAGAUGAUAGAAAUCGAGGCGAGGGCCGCCGGAACCCUAACGCCAGACCUAAGAAGACGCAGGAAGAGCUUGAUCAAGAGAUGGAUGAUUACUGGGGAGGCGCAAAUGCGGGUGCUGGUGCUGCCGACAAAGAGGUCGUGCAGGAUGAGCCUCAGCAGAUCGCCCCAGCUACAUCCGCUGCGGCUGGUGAUGAUGACGUUGACAUGAUUGAAUAG